AUGGGUCUGAGAAGCCAUGCCAUUUUGAGCGUGCGGAUUCGACAAGAGUCGGUCCUCGAGCUGCAGCUGGGUAACACACCUGAGAGCACUGGUUACCCUCAUGGAACCAUCAAUUCAUUUGACGCUUUGGAGAGGGUGGGAAACACCCCUCAACGGAAACUGUUGGAUCGGAAGUGGCAAGGACUCUCGCCGACCAACCGCAUUGACUCUUUCUACCUUGUCUUGUCGUACUCACCAAGAAACGUGAGGCUUGUUAUCCCAUAUUUCUUCGUGCUUUCUUCUAUCGUUCUUUCGCCCAUCAAUAGUGGGAUGAACCAGGGCGUUGUCAGCCUUCUUGGUAAAGAGGGCAUGUCUAGCCGCGCCACAUCAGCGCCCGAGCAGGAAGCCUCAAGGCUGGUCCUCCGGUUCCUCUUCGAGCCUAGCGGCAGCCUCGAAGCGGCAGCGGCUGAACGUCUGGACGCAAACUAA